UAACACACAGUGAUAAUCGGCGAUAAACACGUGUUUUUUUCGACUGGUAAGUGACCGGUGAUCUGGUGAUCCGCGAUAGUUUCUCUUUGUAGUUCACAGAGAGGAAGCAUAAAGGACAACAGCGCCAUCUGUCGGCGCGUAUAAACCCUCACAGCGGGGAAUAAAGGCGGCAGCAUCCUCCUGCGAUUCGAGCAUCGUUUCGGUGAGGGCAGCUUCCUCCCGCCGCCACACUCAUGAGUGCCGCCUCGGAUCGUUGAUAGCGGACAAACAGAAGGAUUAUGGCCAAACACCGCAAAGACAGAGACAGCUGGGGGUCCCUUAGUGACAAAAAUGUAUAUGACUGGAGUUCAGAGGAGGAGGAACCAGAUGGACGAGCUCAGCCCGUCCAGGUGCUCCUGGUCAAAGAUGAUCACACCUUCGAACUGGAUGAGCCGGCGUUGAGCCGCAUCCUACUGGCUGAGGAGGUCAGAGACCGGGAGGUGGUAGCCAUUUCUGUGGCUGGAGCUUUUCGGAAGGGCAAGUCCUUCCUUAUGGACUUCAUGCUACGUUACAUGUAUAACCAUGCGUCUGAACACUGGCUGGGUGAUGCAAACGAGCCCCUCACCGGUUUCUCCUGGAGGGGUGGCUCAGAGAGGGAGACCACUGGGAUCCAGAUCUGGAGUGAGGUCUUCCUGGUGGACAAGCCAGAUGGAAGAAAGGUCGCUGUGUUGCUCAUGGACACCCAAGGCACGUUUGACAGCCAGUCCACCUUGAGGGAUUCGGCCACUGUCUUCGCCCUGAGCACCAUGAUAAGCUCCAUGCAGGUUUACAACAUCUCUCAGAAUGUACAGGAGGACGACCUUCAGCACUUACAGCUUUUUACUGAGUAUGGCAGACUAGCAAUGGAGGAGACGUUUCUCAAACCCUUCCAGUCCAUGAUUUUUCUUGUCCGUGACUGGAGCUUUCCAUACGAGUUUCCUUAUGGACAAGAAGGAGGGCUGAAAUUCCUUGAGAAAAGGCUGAAGAUUUCAGAGAACCAGCACGAGGAGCUGCAGAAUGUGCGAAAACACAUCCACUCGUGCUUCACCAACAUCUCCUGUUUCCUGAUGCCUCACCCUGGCCUCAAAGUGGCCACGAACCCGCUCUUUGAUGGAAGACUUAAAGAGAUCGAUGGUGAAUUCAUAAACAACCUGAAGGUUCUGGUUCCUUGGCUUCUCAGUCCUCGUAGCAUUGACGUGAAGGAGAUCAAUGGGAGUAAAAUCACCUGCAGAGGCUUGUUGGAGUACUUCAAGGCAUAUAUCAAAAUUUACCAAGGUGAAGAGCUGCCACAUCCAAAAUCUAUGCUGCAGGCCACCGCGGAGGCUAAUAAUUUGGCGGCAGUAGCAGCUGCUAAGGAUUUGUACAACAAGAAAAUGGAGGAGGUCUGCGGGGGCGAUCGGCCCUUCCUGGCCCCCAGUGAGCUGCAGGCCAAACAGAGCAUCAUCCGAGAGGAGGCCCUGCAGGUGUUCCGAGGCGUGAAGAAGAUGGGAGGCGAGGAGUUCAGCCGCCGCUACCUGCAGCAGCUGGAAGGAGAAAUCGAGGAGGUGUUCGUCCAGUACAUCAAGCACAAUGACUCCAAGAACAUUUUCCACGCCGCCCGCACGCCGGCCACGCUGUUUGUGGUCAUCUUUGUCAUGUACGUGGCUGCGGGCAUCACAGGCUUUGUGGGUGUGGACGUGAUUGCCAGCUUGUGUAACAUGAUCCUGGGCCUGGCGCUGAUCACGCUCUGUACCUGGGCCUACAUCCGCUACUCUGGAGAAUACAGAGAGCUGGGCGCCGUCAUCGACCAGGUGGCUGGGGCACUGUGGGACCAGGGGAGCACAAAUGAGGCUCUCUACAAGCUCUACAAUGUAGCAGCCAAUCACAGGCACCUGUAUCACCACGCCUUCCCUGACUCUCAGGUGGAGGAGGUCGCCGAGGAGCAGGACAGGAAGAGGGACUGAAUGGAUGGGAAUGCAGUAGGGACUUCCUGGUGACGGACAGAUACUCACCUAUCAGGCACCUGCUGGCGGACUCAAACACCGCUUUCACCACUUGAAUUGUGUAACGUUCUUGUAUAGUUACCGACAGACCAUCUUCUCAGCCCGCGUCUACGUUCAGGCAGAGGAUGGCGUGUAUUACUGUCUCUCACGUUGAUGUUUUGUGUGUGUAAAUCUAACACCUGUACAGUAGGUGCUCUGGACUCAUCAUAUUAGACCUUCUGUCAGCGACUGGUUUGGUAUUUUUCAUCAGUUUCUCUGACAGUGGUUUCCACAUACGGCUGAAUCCACAUUUGUAAUUAUUAUUGUUCUGUUAUUUGAAGUUUCGUGCUGUUCAUAAGAAUAUCUAGGCAAUGUUUGAAUUUUAAAAUAUCUAUUGUAUGUUACAGUCAUUAGCAUGGUAAAAA